CCGCGGGGCGCGGGCGGGCGCCGGGGAGGGCGGGGGUGGCAGCGUGGCUGUGCAGCGCGAGGAGCAGCCAGGCUAGCGAGCCUCCGAUUAAACAAUGGCAAACUCCUUUGCAUUGAGGACCUAUACUGCACUUUCAGAUCUGCAUCCAAAUAUGGCUAAUCUGAAAAUAAUUGGUAUAGUUAUUGGGAAAACAGAUGUCAAAGGCUUUCCAGACAGAAAAAAUAUUGGAUCAGAGAGGUACACUUUCAGCUUCACCAUUCGGGACUCACCAACCUGUUUUGUAAAUGCAACAUCCUGGGGCAAUGAAGGUUACAUCAAGUCACUUUCUGACAGUUUUAGGGUUGGCGAGUGUGUGGUAAUUGAAAAUCCCCUGAUCCAAAGAAAGGAAAUAGAAAGAGAAGAAAAAUUCAGCCCUGCAACUCCUAGCAACUACAAACUAUUGCUCAGUGAGAAUCACUCAAUGGUAAAGGUUUGUUCCAGUUGUGGAGUGGACACCAAGUUACUUUCUUUGAUACAUUUACCUGUUAAAGAGUCCCGAGAUUAUUAUACAUUGGGUGACAUUGUUGCAAAUGGACAAAGUCUUAAUGGAAAGAUUAUUAAUGUGCUUGCAGCUGUGAGGUCGGUCGGGGAGCCAAAGUACUUCACAACUUCAGACCGAAGGAAGGGCCAGAGGUGUGAAGUUAAACUCUACGAUGAGACAGAGUCUUCUUUUGCGAUGAUAUGUUGGGAUAAUGAAUCCAUUUUACUUGCACAGAACUGGAUGCCACGAGCAACAGUAAUAUUUGCCUCAGAUGUAAGAAUAAGUUUUGACAAAUUUCGGAACUGCAUGACAGCAACAGUAAUCUCAAAAACCAUUAUUACAACUAAUCCAGAUACACCAGAAGCUAACAUCCUACUGAAUUUUAUAAAUGAAAAUAAAGAAACAAAUUUUCUGGAUGAUGAAAUUGACAGUUAUUUGAAAGAAUCCAUAAAUUUAAAUACAAUAGUUGAUGUCUAUACAGUUGAACAAUUAAAGGCAAAAGCUUUGAAGAAUGAAGGAAAAGCUGAUCCUUUCUAUGGAAUUCUUUAUGCUUACAUUUCCACACUGAACAUUGAUGAUGAAACUACAAAAGUAGUUCGAAAUAGAUGUUCCAGCUGUGGUUAUAUUGUAAAUGAAGCAUCCAACACGUGUACAACUUGCAACAAAGAUUUCUCAGAAUUUAAGUCUGUUUUUCUCAGCUUUGACAUGCUAAUUGACCUUACUGAUCACACAGGUACCCUUUAUUCCUGUAGUCUCACAGGAAGCGUUGCUGAGGAGACAUUGGGCUGCACGGUAGAUGAAUUUCUUGCAAUGACGGAUGAACAGAAAACAGCAUUGAAGUGGCAAUUUCUUUUGGAAAGAAGCAAAAUUUAUUUAAAAUUUGUUUUAUCACACAGAGCAAGGAGUGGAUUGAGAAUUAGCGUGCUCUCCUGCAAGCUCGCAGAUCCUGUUGAGGCAAGCAGGAACUUGUCUGGACAAGGCCAUGUUUAAAACCGCCUGUCAUGUUAGACCCUGGAAAAGUAUAGGAGUUUUAACUUCCUUUAAAAUGCAAUAGUAGUUAGAAAAUUAUGGGCAAAAUCGUAUUUUGUUUAAAUGCAGCAAAAAUGUUUCUAUAAAUUAUUAUGUUUCCUCCUGGAGCUGGUUUGGGAACAAGACUGAAAGCAUCUCUCUUACCCGAGCUCACCUCUUGGAAGGCCUUUCUAUUGGCUUUGCUAUGUGUCCUCCCGAGUUGAAAAACAUGCACAUGAGUUAAUAAACACGUUUAAUCUUU